CACAAAUAACCCAGAGAUGCAUUUUGAAUAAAAGCACACAUUCUACUCAUGCAUUUUAAACACCUGGGAUUCCAGUACUCUGGUGUGUCUCCUUGGGAAGCAAAUUCCAUCAAAAUUCCUGGGGCCUGUUAUUUCCAGGGAAAUGCGUUUAAGGUGCAGAUCUGACAUUCUUAACCACUGAAAUUAAAGGAUGUAAUUGGAUUAUGUGGUGGCAGCCAUUCAUCCAAGCCUUCCUUCCAGACUGUGGAAGGCAGCGGAAGGGAAGUAUUUUGAUGCAUUUGCAGUUAUGUUUUAGUGGUGUCAAAGCUUUGCAUCUGAUUCCUGAGACCACAUGAAACAGGCCACUCUUUCCGAAAAGCCCAGACCUUUGGCAGCUGCCUCUCCCCCCCCCCCACCUCUCUAUCUCUUUCCUCCCAUGUUCUCCUGCCGAAGUGACAUCUUUUAAGUGUGCAAGUUCCUUGACUAGCCCUGAUUAAAGCAGCACGCAAACAGAUGCUUUAAUCCCUCUAUAGUGCUAAGUCUGUGCAAGCAUAAACAAAUCAUGAGAGCUUUUCAAGAGGGUGCUGGUGCCCCAAGGAAGCCAUUUGUCUCCAGUGCUCAUUUCUUAGAGGUUGUUUGUGGAAAUUGGAGGGUUUCCCCACCCAGUUCCUCAGAGCUUGUUCUGAUGAAAAAGGCAUACUUCCUGUUCUUCACAACCCGGUAUUGCUGAUUUAAAGGCUGAGACCCUCUAACAUGUCUGAAAGGUUAAAUCUUUGAUCCAUUAGCUAAUUUGUUAAAGGGCUGAAUGAUGUCUUUUAAAUUCUCUGAUAAGUCACUGGUACAGAACCUAAUCCCAGCAAAGAUGAGCAGUAGGACAUUGCCAACACGAAUGAAGCAUCAGAUGCUUCUGAAUGGUUAGGAGAAUCUGACACUAUUGCAGAUUUCUUUUAAAAUACAUUUUACAUAGAAGAAAAAAUGGAAUACUCUCUCUCUCUCUCUGUCUCUCUCACACACAAAAUGCUCUGUAUAUCCUCUUGAGAGAAUAUGUAUUUUUGUACACGUAUAUAGCAUUCCAUUCUUUGCAUAUAUAUAUAUAUCAAUGGAAAUUUAAAAGGGCAGAUUUAUAUAUUAAGUUAAGGGUUUGUUUAUUUAUUAAGCUCACUGUGUGGAGGCCAGUUUAAUCACUCAUUGUGGAAAUGAUGUGCUUAGCCAUUAAUGUGUAGUAGCUCUUUGCUUAAGUUGAGGUGGGUUUGGGGUUUUGUCUUUUUUGGGGGGUGGGGAGUGUUGCUGAUAAAGUUCGGUUUUACAGAGAUGAAGGGCAUUUCCAGAUGGGAUGUUAAUAUGCACAAAAAUUGGUUAUUAUUCCACACUUUCUAGUGCAAUAAUGCUGUUAGUUUUAUAACCACUAAAAGUAUGAUAAGGAGAAAGUGAUAAGAAAAGUGAUGGGAAAUUGCACUGGGAAGUGUUGCAUAACAAUCACUGGGGGUAAUGGGUUACCUGCACAUGAAUGUAUGCAAAAUAAGCAGCCGAUGUCAUAUAACUGCCACAUAUGUUUUGUGCACCCAUAUCAGCAUGUGUGCUCAAUAAACAAUCACUCUGGAAGCUCCCGAUGUAAGAUUUGGUAACGACACGGUGAAAACCAUCCUGUUGCUGUGCAAUCCUAUGCAUGUUUACUCAAAGUUCCACUACAAUGAAUUAUUCUCUAGUAAUUAUGACUAAGGUUGCAGCUUUAGAAUAGUAAGUCUAAAUGUAUGAUAUGUGGAGCAAUUUGGAUUGGCCUCCUGUAGUGACUGUGAUGAAUAAAUUGACCCUCACCUGCUAAAUGCCUCACAUCUCUAUAAAGCAGACAAAAGUUUCUUUAGUUUCCGUCCUCCCUCAUCUCAUUUUUUUUUACAUCAAGUGUUCAGAAUACUGUUAGGUUUGAUUUGAAUUUUGCAGACUUUUUUAUAUAUAUAUUUGCACCUCGAUAGAUAUGUCAGUUCUAGAGACACAAGGCAAGCUGUGGUGAGAGUGUUUGUUCUCCAGGGCAAGCUAAUGAUCUGCCAAAUACAAGUGGCUCUCCAUCAUGCAAUGAGGGAAGGGCAUUCACUGCCCCUGCGGCUAGCCUAGCUCCUAGGAACUGAGACAUUAACAGGGGGAACAGGCUGGACUUCAUUUAUGUCAGAGGUGUCAAGAUUAAGUUGGAUUAUUUAUAGCUGCAGGCAGACCUGUUAAGUACAUUAGGCCACAGUUUCCUAGACAGUUUUUCAUUUUGAGCCCCAUCCACUCAUCACUUUCAUUAAAAUGGGCCAAGUCUCAAGAGGAUCAAUUUCAUCCCCACACGAAACGGUCCGGUGGUUUGCUUCUUUCGUUUCAAACUAUAUUUUUAAAGACUUUGAUUGAGCAAGAAUUUCACUCCAGUGGAUCUCAGUCUGGCUGUGCCUGGCAAAGCAAGCAGAUCUGUUGCAUAUAAUACAAUUCCUGCCUACCUUUUCAUGUAAAUGUGAUCACAGAUAAUUCAUUUUCUUUAACUCCCUUUCCUCCUUUAAGCUAAUGGAGCAGCACAUAUCCAUGUGGACCACGUUUUCCAGAUCUGCAGCAUUUUUUUUGUAACUCUGAGUUGUUUCCUGUGAACUCUAGAAUGGAAAGUAUUGCAAAAGGCUCCUCUUCUUUCAACCCUAAAUAACAUGGGUAGCAGAGAAGCAUUUACUCUAAAAUCUUAAUAAGCAGCACAGUUAAAAUAGCUUGAUACAUUUUCAUCUUUUUGAUAAUGUAGUAACAUUAGCAACUGUGUCUGCUGAGUUAUGAAGUUGUUAACGUGGGGGGGGGAGAGAGAGGAUGGAGAAGGGGAAAUGGUCAUUUGACCAAACUCCAGGUUAAUUGGCUUAGUUUUAGUAAGAUAAUAAGAAAACUGCAUUCCAGUAAUAGGGCUAAUCUACACUGCUGUUGUAACAAGGAUGACUCCUUUUUUUGGCAUGUGAUAGAGAUCUGAACCUUCCCUCUUUAGCAGCAGAGCGGAAGGUAUCUCAACAAAUGAAAAGUUUGGAGUUAUUUGUGGCAGAAGUUAGAGGUCCCUUUCUGAAAGAUGCACUCUCUCCCAGUUUUACAGUUGCGGCUGCAGCAGCGAAGAAGCCGAGAGCAGCUCGCCAACCAGGGAAUCAUGCCACCGCUGAAAAACCCCUCUCCCUUCCAUGAGCAAAAGAAGAGCUUGGAGAGAGCCAAGACUGAAGAUUAUUUAAAGCACAAGACCCGAAACAGACCUGAGCGCUCAGAACUGGUUGAUAUGCACAUUUUACAGGAUUCAGCCACAGAAGGGUCCGUUCAGGCUACUCAGAUGAAACUGAAAAGAGCCCGUCUUGCAGACAAUCUAAAUGAGAAAAUUGCUCUUAGGCCAGGUCCUCUGGAGCUGGUGGAGAAGAAUAUCAUUCCUGUUGACUCAGCUGUGAAAGAAGCCAUCAAAGGUACCCAAGCAAACUUCUCGAAAUCCUCAGAUGCUUUUGCUUUUGAAGAAGAUAGUAGUAAUGAUGGGCUGUCCCCAGAGCAGGGAAGAAGCGAGGAUUCCCAGGGCUCCACAGAAUCAGCAGCCGGAAUCAAAAUUUCAGAAGCAACAUUACCCACAAUGUCAGGGACAACUCAGGAUCAUUCCCGUGGCUCUGAAAAUGAUACGGCUGAUGUGACAUCUCUGAGGAACGGCCAGCCAGAAAGUCCUAAACAACAGAAUGGGCAACAAACACCUCCUGGCACUGUUACCACAUCUGCAAAGUCCAAACCAUCGAGCGAUAGCAAGAAUCGCCACAAAAAGCCCAAGGAGAUGAAGCCCAAAGUGAAGAAGCUUAAGUACCACCAGUACAUUCCCCCAGACCAGAAGGCGGAGAAGUCCCCUCCGCCCAUGGACUCGGCCUAUGCAAGGCUCCUGCAGCAGCAGCAGCUCUUCCUGCAGCUCCAGAUCCUCAGCCAGCAGCAGCAGCACCGGCACCAGCAACACUUCAACUAUCCUGGGCCCCAUUCCAUGCAGCUGAAGCAACCCAAUGAGCAAAUGGCAAAAACCUCAAACUCUUCCCCAUCAACAGUUGCCAACAGCCCUCUUUCCCCUGGGAAGGGAAGUUUUUCGGGGCAAUCCUGCAUUUCGUCUCUGAAGCCAGGUCCUCUCCCAUCCAACCUGGAUGAUUUAAAAGUGUCGGAGCUGAGGCAGCAGCUCCGAAUAAGGGGCCUCCCUGUAUCAGGUACGAAAACAGCCUUGAUGGAACGCCUGCGGCCCUUCCAAGAGUGCAGCGGGGGUUCCUUGCCCAGCUUCAAUGAGAUAACCACCGUCACCUUCCCAGUGACACCAACCAACUCUCUCUCCAGCUACCAGUCGCAGUCUUCGACCAGCCUGCUGUCCAAUGGCUUUUACCAUUUUGGCAGCACCAGCUCUACUCCACCCAUCUCCCCAGCUUCCUCAGACCUAUCGGUGAAUGGCUCCUUGCCAGAUAGUUUCAAUGAAGGACCAAUGUCUUCCCCACAUUUUGUCUUGCACCCUUCCCCUGUGCAAGGUGGGUGUGAAGAAAGCCUGAUGGGAAGCGUGAAUGGAGCUGGCAUCCAGCUCGACGUUGAAAGGGUUGACACAGAGAAAGACAAGAUGCUGGUGGAAAAGCAGAAGGUCAUCAAUGAGCUGACCUGGAAACUGCAGCAAGAGCAGAGGCAAGUGGAAGAGCUGAGGAUGCAGCUGCAGAAGCGCAAAAGGAGCCACGGGUUGGACGAGAAGCAGCCCUCUCCACAUUUCUUCGGCUUUCCGAUCAAGCAAGAAAACCCAGCGUCCAGCUGUCCCUUUGCCUCUAAGCAAGCUCCCUUGAAAGGCCAGGCGAGCAACUCGGACACACUGAGAAACUGUGGGACACCUCAGCUGCCCCGUCUUGUAAAUAGCCAUUGCAUGGAAUCGUCAGGACAGAGCAGCAUACUGUCCUCCACAUUCCUAAGCCCACAGUGCUCUCCCCAGCAUUCUCCACUAGAGGCAGCAAAGAGUCCACAACACAUCAGCCUUCCACCCUCACCAAACAGCCAUUACCUUCUCUCUGUGUCCCCCAGCACUCAGGGAGAAGGACGCAGCAGCUCUCCACAGCCCAGCAGCCAUCUUCGCACAGCUCCGGUGCCAGCACAAGGUAGUCAGAAGUAUCCCAUUCUGUCUCCUGGCUUUUGCAAGUCAAAUGCUGCCCUCCCAGAUGGAAAACAGCCACCACCCUACGCUGAUGCUGUGAAACAGCAGAUGACCCGAAGCCAGCAAAUGGAUGAACUGUUGGAUGUGCUUAUUGAAACUGGAGAAAUGCCUGCAAAUGCCAAAGAGGACCGCCCUUGCCUUCAGAAGGUGCCUCAGAUAACAGUGUCUUCAGGGACCUCCGGCAGUUCCUCGCUACUGAAGACAUCUGCUUCAUUUGAGCAAGGCCCCUCAGGUCAGCUGUCUUUUGAACACUGCCCUAGCAGCAACGACAGUCAUCUGGAAAUCUUGUUAAAUUCCCACAGCCCUCUGGGGAGGUCGAGUGAAAUCACCCUACUGAAAGUGGGUGAAGAACCACACUUUGAAGGGGUGAUGGAAGGAUUUUCCAACAAAGCUGCCGAUGAACUGCUCACACCCCACGAGAUCCUGCCCACUCCCCUGUCGCCCAUGGAGACCCAGCUGUCUCCCUCUUCUGGAGAAGGAACUGGUUUGCACAUGAGCUUCACAGAAUCUCCUUGGGAAACAAUGGAAUGGCUGGACCUCACUCCGCCUAGCUCAGCCAACGGUUUUGGUUCCCUCACUACCACUGGGCCCAGCAUCUUCAACAUUGAUUUCUUAGAUGUUAGUGAUCUCAACUUGAACAGUACCAUGGACCUGCAUUUACAACAGUGGUGAACAGAAUAAGCCUUAUGUGUGGGGAUGCAGCUAAACACACACGGAUUUCCAUUAAAGAGACUCAGAUACUUUUAUCAGAGAGCUCUGGUGACAGCCAGGGAGAAGAAACUGGAGUCGGUUUUCCCAGGACAUUCCCCUCCCCUAUUACAAAUGAAAUUGCCAGAUAAUCUCCCACACACCACAAAGCAAAUCUCUGGCGCAGGAGUCUCCUCCUCAGCAAGCACAGCUAACUUUAGUAGCUUCCAGACCUCUUCCAAGGAAGACUCAUUCUGCAGUAGAAUUAUGUUUGGUAUGCACAUCCAUUUCAUCCCUAACAUAUCUAUCAUCCAGAUCAGGUUCUGCUAUAUUGUCUAUUACCUACUGUGGGGGAAAAAUUGGUUCACUUACAGCUUCCACACACUGCAUGGCACCCACUGCCCUUCCUCCUGAUUAUAUACCUGAAGACUUUUUUAAAAAGUCAGCUCACUAAGAAGCCAUUGUCAGACCAGUAACCUCCAAGCCAUCCUUUUACUAAACACUUCUCUCUCUGCUCUGUCUUACCAAUUUUAAAGGCACUUGAAUUAGAAGUAAAGCAAUCUGACUUGUUUAUGUGGUGGGCACUCAGCUUGGAAAGAACACAGAGUAAUAUAAAAAGCAAGUACAAAAAAGAAGGAUUUUUAAUUGACUAGAAGUUUGGGGUGACUUCUAUCAAUUUUCUGUUUAAGGGUACAUUCCUCCUUUCAUAAGUACUUUGCUCAUUUCUUAAAUAAAAAAUAUAAACAUAUCUAUAAUUUGAUAUAGCUAAAUCUAUAGCAUUUCAACACACACUAUUAAAAUCAACCAUAUUCUUAUAUAUAUUAUCUGUGAGUGUAUCAGAUCAUCAUGAAUAAAUUUACAGCAAGCAAAAAAGUAAUCGUAACUUAUAAAAAUGGAAAGGAUUACCAAUUUUAAUUCUGUUUCAAAUUCCAAAAACACUUUGAAGGACUCACAUUCCUCCUCAAAUCUCUUUGCACAUACCAAAUAAUUUAUUCAGUUUAAUAAACAGUCUUGAAUAAAUUGAUAAUAUUGAAUAGUAUGUUGCCCAGAGCCAAUUUGAAACAGUGACAAAGUUUAUUCAGCACAACAAGUGAAGGUUGCAAAGCUACAACUAAGUCUACCACGGUGGAAGAAACUGGGCAACUUACCCCUUGUAGCCUGAACCUAUGGCCUUUGCCUGUCCUUAAAUUCAGAUAUUGCCAUAUCUAAGUCCAUCAGUGACAGUACAGAAUGCAGUCUGGGUUUUCUCUGCAUGUCGCAACAGAUUUGUAUGCAGUAUCAUACAUGACCACCAAGCUGCUGCUAGAAUGUUCACACCUGUUACUGCACAG